AUGGCUUCUCGCAACUUCACAAAGGCCCUCCGUGGCCCUGCCCGCCAACUGGCUUCUGCUCCCCGCGUUCAGCAGCGAACUUUCGUUGCUGCCGCUCGCUCCGCUGCUCGUGUUGGUGCCGUUGCCCGACCUGUUGCCGCUGGCCCCGUCCAGCAGCAGGUCCGUGGUGUCAAGACCAUUGACUUUGCUGGCCACAAGGAGGACGUCUAUGAGCGUGCCGAUUGGCCCCAAGAGAAGCUUCUUGAGUACUUCAAGAACGACACUCUGGCCCUCAUUGGCUAUGGCUCUCAGGGCCACGGCCAGGGUCUUAACCUCCGUGACAACGGCCUCAACGUCAUCGUUGGUGUCCGAAAGAACGGAAAGUCCUGGAAGGAUGCUGAGCAGGAUGGCUGGGUUGCUGGCAAGAACUUGUUCGACGUUGACGAGGCCAUCUCUCGUGGUACCAUCGUCAUGAACCUUCUCUCCGAUGCUGCCCAGUCCGAGACCUGGCCCGCCAUCAAGCCCCAACUCGUUGAGGGCAAGACCCUCUACUUCUCCCACGGUUUCUCCCCCGUCUUCAAGGACCUCACCAAGGUUGAGGUUCCCACCAACAUCGAUGUCAUCCUCUGCGCCCCCAAGGGCUCUGGCCGAACCGUACGAUCUCUCUUCCGUGAGGGCCGUGGUAUCAACUCCUCUUUCGCCGUCUACCAGGAUGUCACUGGCAAGGCCGAGGAGAAGGCCAUUGCCCUUGGUGUCGCCAUCGGCUCUGGCUACCUCUACAAGACCACCUUCGAGAAGGAGGUCUACUCCGAUCUCUACGGUGAGCGUGGCUGCCUCAUGGGUGGUAUCCACGGCAUGUUCCUUGCUCAGUACGAAGUCCUCCGCGAGCGCGGCCACAGCCCCAGCGAGGCCUUCAACGAGACUGUUGAGGAGGCUACCCAGUCUCUCUACCCUCUUAUCGGUGCCAACGGCAUGGACUGGAUGUACGAGGCUUGCUCCACCACUGCCCGUCGUGGUGCCAUCGACUGGAGCCCCAAGUUCAAGGACGCCUUGAAACCCGUCUUCAACUCCCUCUACGACGCUGUCAAGGAUGGUUCCGAGACCAAGCGAUCUCUCGAGUACAACAGCCAGCCUGACUACCGUGAGAAGUACGAGGCAGAGAUGAAGGAGAUCCGUGAUCUCGAGAUCUGGCGCGCCGGCAAGGCCGUCCGAUCUCUCCGACCCGAGAACCAGAAGUAA